UCCGACUCCAGUCUCGGUCUCUCUCGCAGUGACAAAUAAAUUGAAGGGAAGAUACCUAUAGUUUCAAAAGUUUACUCGGAAAAUAAAAGUCACUUGAAUCAAAUGGGAUAAGCAUAAUCUCAAGGAAGCGUCUCACACUCACUCUUGUUAAAAAAAAAAAGAAAGAAAGCAUAAACUCGCUUUCUUCUCUCUAAAAUUCAAACUCGACCUCAGCUUAAACUAAUCGGUGAUCGACUUCAAAAUCCUUAAUUUUUGUAGGGGAUUCUGCUUUCAUGGACGGCAAACAGAAUCUCUGUGAUUGUGUGAUAAAGUUGAGAGAGAAUCCGAAGAGGCGAAAGGAGAAGGUUUACGUGGGAUGUGGCGCUGGAUUCGGCGGCGAUAGGCCAUUGGCAGCUCUCAAACUGCUUGAGCGAGUUGAAGAGAUAAACUAUAUAGUCCUUGAGUGCUUAGCCGAACGAACAUUGGCUGAUCGCUGGCUCUCUAUGGCUUCUGGCGGUGACGGCUACGACCCUCGUGUUUCAGAGUGGAUGCAUUUGUUACUACCUUUGGCUGUGGAGAAAGGCACUUGUAUAAUCACCAACAUGGGUGCAAUUGAUCCCUCUGGUGCUCAGAAGAAAGUUCUUGAGGUUGCCAGUGAAUUAGGGAUCACAAUUUCCGUGGCUGUGGCUCAUGAGGUGCAUGCUGAAACUGGCUCUGGAUUAUCUUUUGGCGGUCAAUAUUCCUCUGAGGGGGGUACUAGCACUUAUCUUGGAGCAGCUCCUAUUGUUGAAUGCCUGGAGAACUACCGACCAGACGUGAUCAUUACUUCAAGAGUAGCUGAUGCUGCCUUAUUUUUAGCACCAAUGGUCUAUGAACUAGGUUGGAAUUGGAACGACUUGGAGCUGCUAGCUCAGGGAACUCUUGCGGGCCACCUUCUGGAAUGCGGUUGUCAGCUCACUGGUGGAUACUUCAUGCAUCCAGGUGCGUUUCAACACUUACUGGCGCAGGGAAGAGUUAAUGGGCUGCUCUUCUUUUUAUUAUCGGAUUUGUCACUUCCUUAUGCAGAAAUUGGCUAUGACGGGAAAGUAUGUGUAUUAAAGGCUGAAGGCAGUGGUGGAAUUUUAGAUACAUGUACUUGCGCUGAGCAACUUCUAUAUGAAAUUGCUGAUCCUAGUGCCUACAUUACACCUGAUGUGGUAAUUGAUAUUCGAGACGUUUGUUUCCUUCCCCUGUCAGAGUGCAAAGUACAAUGCAGUGGAGCAAAACCAUCCGCUAACACUGCUGUGCCUGAGAAACUCCUGCGGUUGAUUCCAAAGGAGUGUGGUUGGAAAGGAUGGGGAGAAAUAUCUUAUGGAGGACAUGGAUCUAAUCAACGUGCUAAAGCUUCAGAGUUUUUGGUUCGAUCUUGGAUGGAAGAAACCAUUCCUGGUGUUAACCAUUGUAUUCUUUCUUAUGUGAUUGGGCUUGAUAGCUUGAAGGCAACAAGCAACGGCGCUGAAUCAUCUUGGCAGUCAAGUGGAGAUAAUAGAUUACGCAUGGAUGGUCUGUUCAAACUGAAGGAACAUGCGGUCCAGUUAACGAAAGAGUUUACUGCUUUAUAUACAAACGGACCAGCUGGUGGUGGUGGAGUAAGUACCGGACACAAGAUGGAGAUUGUUCUUGAAAAGCGUUUGGUAAGCCGUGAAUCUGUAAUGUGGAAAACUGGACUUCAGCACAACAAGGCAUCAGAGUCAGAGACCCCUAAACAUCGUUUUCGAGUUGCGCAAGAGGAACUCUGCAAGAUCCCUAAGGAUAAUCAGAAUAACGUUAGAUUGAGAGGCGAUCAAUGGACGGGUUCAUCUGGACUUGAUCACUCUCCUGCUCCAUCUGGCCAAAAGAUCCCGCUCUACUCUGUUGCUCAUAGCCGGGCUGGUGAUAAAGGAAACGACAUAAACUUCUCAGUAAUCCCACAUUAUCCUCCAGAUAUCGAGCGCCUGAAACUCGUCAUUACUCCUCAAUGGGUUAAAAAUGUGAUGUCAGUUCUGUUAUCAACCUCUUCGUUUCUUGAAAACGAUGCAAAACCAAUGGAUGAAAAUGUGUCAGUAGAGAUAUAUGAUGUUAAAGGCAUUCAUGCUUUGAAUGUUGUCGUACGGAACAUAUUAGAUGGUGGAGUCAACUGUUCCAGGAGGAUUGAUCGACACGGAAAGACAAUAUCAGAUCUCAUCUUGUGCCAACAAGUUGUGUUAUAAGACUACUUUAUUUUACAUAUUUUUCUAUUCAGAUAUUGUAUGUUACUACAAUAUAAUUCUACUAUCUAUAUUAUAUAUUGCAAAAGAAGAAAU